AUGGACAAUUUGGCCACGUGGUUAUUACGCGUCUCGGAGAACAGCACCGAGAGGUACAGCGCGAUAAUCGAUGGCGAGAUAUCGAGAUUCCCGAAGACGCUGAGGACAUUCGCGGCGGUGGUCGCCAUUUUGAUAAUGAUCGUCGGCCUGGCUGGCAAUUUACUGACGAUCAUCGCUCUCUGCAAGUAUCCCAAAGUUCGAAAUGUUGCGGCAGCUUUUAUUAUUAGUUUAUGCGUGGCGGACUUCGUGUUCUGCCUUUUCGUGUUGCCGUUCGACUCGAUCAGAUUCAUCAACGCUAGCUGGGCGGAAGUGAGAUUUCUCUGCGUCCUUGUGCCCUUUCUUAGGUAUGGAAACGUUGGCGUCAGUCUCCUCUCGGUCGCAACUAUAACCAUCAAUAGGUACAUCAUGAUAGCACAUCACGGCUUGUACAGCAAAGUGUACAAAAGGUACUGGAUCGCUUUCAUGAUCGUGUUUUGCUGGAUGUUCUCCUACGGAAUGCAAGUACCCACCCUUCUAGGAAUUUGGGGUAGAUUCGACUACGAUUCGAACCUCGAAACCUGUUCGAUCGUAAAGGACAGCAGGGGACGCACGUCCAAAACGUUUCUUUUCGUGAUGGGUUUUCUGAUACCGUGCGUGGUGAUCGUUGGAUGUUAUACCAAAAUAUUCUGGGUGGUGCACAGAUCCGAGUCUAGGAUGCGAAAACACACGACACCCGUGAUAAAGUCGCCCCAUACACCCGGUAGGGAUACCAGGGAGAUCAAACAGAGACGAAGCGAAUGGCGAAUCACGAAGAUGGUACUCGCCAUUUUUCUCAGUUUCGUCGCUUGCUACCUUCCGAUCACGAUCGUUAAAGUAGCCGACGUGGAGGUUCGAUAUCCAGAGUUCCACGUGCUGGGCUAUCUCCUCCUGUACUUCGCCUCCUGCGUGAACCCGAUAAUCUACGUGAUCAUGAACAAGCAGUACAGGCAGGCGUACGCGGGCGUGAUUGGUUGUUCGCGGAUAAGGGCGGGCCUGACACCGUACGGCAGCAGCGCCCCCGGCCACCACCAUCACCAGCCGGACUACGGCCAAGACUACUCGAAGGACUUCAGCAAAACGAUGGUGUCGACGGUCUCUAUCGCUAUGAAUCCUGUCAGGGACUCACGGUUCGAAGAGGAUCCCUAAACGUUCGCGAAAUGAAAA